AUGUGGGGAAAACAGGCGCAACCGUUCGUGAACCGCUUCGUGGCCACGGGCCUCACGUCUGUCGGAGAUGGGAUGCUCUCCCUCCCUCCUCUCGCGGUCUGGGGCAACCUCGCCAUCUACGUGGCGGCUUGGGCGCUGCUGAUGUGGCCGCAGCAUCUGCCCCUGGGCAGGCCAUGUAUCGCGAUGGUCUUUGCCGCCAUGGCCUGCGGCCUGAGGGAGCUGUGCCAUGCGGCCUGGCCUGAGGAGGAUUAUCCUACCGUGGACAUCUUCGGGAAGAUCAACCCUACGCCCAUCGCCCUUCUCUUCGGGCUGAUGCUGGUCAACGCGUAUCUCAAGGACACCGGCUUGUGGCAGCGAGUGGAGGAGCUCUUGGAUUCAGAGUCUCCGACGAAGCUGCUGCUGAAGGUCUGCUUCAUGGCUGCCUCGACCUCUGCGGUGCUAACCAAUGACACCACCUGCCUGGUUUUGACCCCGGUGGUUCUCAAUCUCUGCCGCCGGCGAGGGGCAAAGACAAGCAUUCCCUUCCUCCUUGCUGUGGCAACUUCUUCCAACAUCGGUUCAAGUCUGACGAUCAUCGGAAACCCCCAAAACGCACUGAUUGCAUCGAUCUCCCCGGGCCUCACAUUUCUGAACUUUGCAGAGGCGAUGCUUCUGCCUGUGAUCCUCGGCCUGGCCAUGAACACCUGUGCCUUGUGCCUGUACUUCAGAAAGGACCUGCUCUUCACUGCCUCUGAGCCGGUAGAGGAGGUCGAUGUGGAGCUGGCAGCACCCCAAUCCAAGUGCCUCUGGCGCUUCUACAUGGUGGCCGUGGCGGUGAUUGUCACUGCCAUGGUCGUAGGCUGGGUUUUCAACAUGGCGACGGACGAUGUGGCCUUAGCCGCAGGAUCCACGCUGAUGCUGCUGCGCGCCCUGCGCCGCCGAGCUGCUGGUGACGAUCUGGACACAGAGACGAAAUUCGCCCUUGGGGCGAUCGAUUAUUCGAUCCUGAUACUGUUCAUCGGCCAGUUCAUCCUAGUUGGAGCCACCGUGGACACUGGCCUUCCUCAGAAGAUGUUCAACGGCAUCCUUGGGCCUUGUGCCGAAGACCUGGCUGCGGGACCAGGCUGCCUUCUUUGGUUCGCCGCGGUGGUGUUGGUCCUCUCCAAUGUCAUCAGCAACGUCCCUGUCAUCCUCAUGCUUCAGCCUCUCUUGGCCACCCAGCCGCUGAGCAGCGUCACGGGUGUCUGGACGGUCUGCGCAUGGGUGGCCACGGUGUCAGGAAAUCUCACCAUGCUGGGCAGCGCCGCCAACCUCAUCGUCGCGCACGCCGCGGAGAACGAGGGAGAAAGAGGUUUGACGGCCACCACCUACAGCAAGUUCUCCUUCCUGCCGACGAUUGUGAUCACCCUCCUCGGUGUGCUGGUCAUGCCGCCCAUCGGACCAAACUGGAGCUUCCUGCUGGGGAUUGCCGUGCUCCUUGCGGGGGGCCUGCUCAUCCUCGCGGCCUACUGCUACAAUGCUUGCUUCCGUGGUGCGAGCGUCGGGGAGGAGACAGGAGUGACGUGGAGGAAUCGGGAGGCCAUGGGCCUCUUCUUGGUCUCCAUCUUCGUGGCUGGUCAACCCUUGGGUCCUUAUGAAGGCGCCUGGCUCACCGCAAACCCCUUCCGCCGCUACACGCCUGCAGAGCUCGGCGAGCUCAACGCAGUGCAGCAGGUCCUCGUUGCGGUUUUUCAGCCCUUGCUGGGCGGUUUCGUGGACGGCACGAAGUGGAAGAGGAGUCUCGUAGUCUUUGGGAGCUUCUGUGCCGCCGCGAGUGCUGCCAUCGGCGUUUUCAUGCCGCAGUCGUUCUGGCUGGAGCUUGCCGCAGAGUUUCCCCAAGCGAUAGCGAUGACGCUGGUUCCUUUGGCCAUCAACUCCCUGACGCUGGGUGUCACGGAGUCGGGCUUCACACAGCAGGUGGCCUUGAACAAUGUGGGAACCCACGUGGGAACUGUGAUCUGCUCUGCGUCCAUGGCGGGUCUCUCCCUUCUCGGUUCCCGGAGCUCGAGCGGCUCCUCGGGAAGCUCCUCCCAGGCCACCGAGACCGCUCCCCUCUGGGUCGCUGUGCCCUUGGCCACCUGUGUCUUGGCCGUGGUCGCGCUUCCGAUGAUCCGCUACAGCAAGAUCGACCAUCGCCGCGCAGCGGGCCUGGAGGACUCGGCGGCGCCUUCGGAUUUCCGCGCGAUGCCCGACACUAAGCUUGGAUACGAAGUGCUUUUCACGCGCAAGGCUUUCCUGCUCGCGCUGCUUUUGUCCUUCCUCUUCAACUUCGCGAAUAUGGCCCAGCUUCAGCUUCUUGUGCAAGAGGCGUCCGCGCUGUUGCCUGGUCAGGCCAUCAGCUAUACGUCAGCUGCGCAGAUCGUGGCCCACCUCGGCAUGCUGGUCUCGAGCGUAGUGGUCGGCCGGAUGGCAGAUGGGGGUCGGAAGCGUUUGGUCCUUGCCGCCUGCCUAACGGUCACCAUCCGAGCCCUGCUCACUGCUGCCACGGACCUCUGGUGGAUCCAACGUGGCGGCACUCCCUGGCUGGGCUUGCUGCCGUGCGAGGGCCUCGAUGGCGUCUGUGCAGGUCUUUGGGGUGCUUUGGUGGUCCUCCUCGCACGGGAUGUCUCUGCCGGCACCGGAUGCUUUAGCCUCGCCCUGGGCUGCAUGCAGGCAGCUUUCAGCGCCGGUGCCAUUGCCAGCUCCACCUUUGCAGGCUACUUGGCCAACAGCGUUAGCUUCGGAGCAGCAUUCGCGAUGCUCGCCGGCGCUGGCUGUGCCGCCACGGCUGUGGCUGCGAUCCUUCCGGAGACUCUGGAGGAGGAAAAACCGACACAGAACAACUGCGACCUGCGGGGUUCCUGCUGCACCUUCGUAUCCAGGUUCUGGCCCCGUUCAGCAUCCAACUGA